CCCAACCCCCCCAGGCUUAACACAAGGCCAGUGUUUGGAGGUGUAAGAUCUCGCAUUGGGAUCCAGCAAAAUCUUCUAAGUAGAUCAUCACCAGCUGUCAGCUUCCAGCGGACGUUUGAUGCCCGACAGAAGAUAGGACUCACUGAUGCCCGACACAAACUGGGGGUUAAAGAUGCUCGUGAAAAACUGGUUCAAAAGGACGCUCGGUUCAAAAUCAAAGGGAAGGUGCAGGAUGCUCGAGAGAUGUUGAAUUCCCGUAAGCAGCAAAGUGGUGCUGCUGAAAAGGUGACCAAAGUGGUGGAUGCCAGAGAGAAGAUCAGCUUAAAAAGGAGCGCUCCAGCUGCUAUCAGCCCAGCUAUGGGGACAGUAAAUCCCGCUAUGAAAAUCACCAAAACUAUCCAAGGUCUGUAUGACAUGGAAGAUGAUGAUGAAAGUGUCUCUCCUGUUACGAGCAAACAGAUGAAAAUCACCACCACAAACAGUUUCCUGCACAACGCGACUGGGCUGAGUGGCAAUAAAUUCUCUCUGUCCAAGACUGUUCCCCUGACUAAAGUGGUCCAGAAUGAUACGUACACAGCUCCACCUGCACCUCCAUCUCCUAUGCGGACAAAGGCCUUGACAAACAUGUCCCGGACCUUAGUGACAAAAGAGGAGCCUCCAAAAGAACCAGCACCUGUUGAGCUGGCGUUCAGUCCUUUGGAAGGUACAAAGAUGACCGUAAACAAUCUGCAUCCUCGAGUCACAGAGGAAGACAUUGUUGAGUUAUUCUGUGUGUGCGGUGCUCUGAAGCGAGCCCGGCUGGUGCACCCUGGAGUGGCUGAGGUAGUAUUUGUGAAGAAAGAAGAUGCUAUCACAGCAUAUAAAAAAUACAACAAUAGGUGCUUAGAUGGUCAGCCAAUGAAAUGCAAUCUUCAUAUGAAUGGGAAUGUCAUCACCUCAGACCAGCCUAUAUUGCUCCGAUUGAGUGAUACCCCUUCAGUGAAGAAGGAAGGAGAACCACGCCGGUCAAGUGCAAGCGCCUCUUCAAAUCCCCCAGCUGAGGUGGACCCUGACACUAUCUUGAAGGCCCUCUUCAAAUCCUCGGGGGUCUCUGCCUCAGUGCAGCCCACAGAAUUCAAAAUUAAACUCUGAGAAGGGGGAGCGAGCAGUGGACUGGAAAACUCAUUUAAGUUGGGGAAUGAGAAAAGUGCAGGAGUGCAGAUGUUUGCAUUUGCCUGCCUCGAAAUUUUUUGUUUUCUAUGAUCGCUACCUUACUGUACAAUAGUGUUUCCUCUUGUGUGUGUACUUUCUGUUUUCAUAGUUGAAGUUCUCUUCCAUGAUUUUUUUUUUCAAAAAGAAUAACCUCCCCUUUCUGCCAGUAAUGUAUUACCAAACACGUACCAUGUAACUCCCUCCUUUACUCCAAAGCCCCUAGUGGCCAUUAAAAGUGCACGUAGGCUUUGAGGGAAGGAGUGGUGAUCUCCUUCUCUUUUCUUCUGACUGACCUUUAACUAAAAGGUGCAUUCCCUUGAUUAUCAACAGGCAAGAACACCACAUUGUUUCUGAAAUUGCUGCGCUGGGUACGAAGUCAGGUGUGGCUCCAUACAGGAAGGACCAUCUUGCAUCUUUGACUUGUAUGCCUUCGGUGGCAUACUACUUCAUUCUGGCUGUUGGACUUUUUUUUUUUUUUUUUCUGCUCAGCAGCUGUGACACUGAGAAGAAGCAUGAAAAACUGAGCCUCCCUCUCUGUAUACCAGCCAACAGAGGCAUCAGGCAGAAAGGACAUAGGCACAAGUGCACCACCCAUUGUGCUAUGGGGAGGGAUGCUUCAACUCUGGUAAUGCAGAGAGGUGGGGGGGAGGGCUCUGGCAUUUAUACAAUGAAUAUAUUCACCCUCAAGGGUCAGGCUCAGUUGCUGUCUUCUUCUCUGGACUGAAAAAUAAUAACCAGUCUUGUGUUUAGAGCUAGAGGAAAUCCAAGUGUUUUACUCCCAUUAGACUGUAUUGCAUCCUCCUGCUGAUGCAGGGACAUGAAUUUUUUUUUUCUUACCUUCUAACUUACCCUGUAUCCUAUAAAAAGAAAGGAGCUGGGGCCUUUUUCAGAUACUAAUAGAUAGGAAGCAGUCUUUUCUUGUGCCUGAGAACUUACUCCUUUGAGAGAUGUCAUUUGGGCAAUGUUUGGCUGCUGUGCAGGCAUGCUGCUCACAGACGUGGAUUUGGAGGAUGAUGUCUGCACUUCAUGGCUUCAGGGAGAGGUUUUGAAGGGGAGGACGGUUAGCACUCUGUAAGGAACAUAUAGGAGAGGAGUGUUUAGCAAGUCCCGUGCAGAGCAGCAAGGAUGUACCUUGGGCAGCGAGCAUCUGUGACAAGCCGCAGGCCACUAGGUGGCACUUCCAAUACUUCCUUUGUUAGUACAGCGUUAUUGCCAUGGAUAUUUGAAGUCCCAGUAGCUGCAUUCGUUUGUAGUUGUUCAAAUUGUAUUAUAAGAGAGGAAAGCUAAGAGCCACUUCCAGAAGCUGGCUGGGAUUUGAACUUGAUCCAUCUAGCUAGGAGACUGACCUAAGAUGUUCUGUUCUGCUCCGCUGAACUUUAAUGAACACUCUGUAAGGGUCGUAGGCCCAGAUUCCAUUUCUUGGUCAACUCUGUUUCUUUUGCUUUCUUCUGUAUUAACUCUUUGCUCUAUCUAGCUUGUGCGAACCAUUCCUCUAUCUCACUGUAUCCCUUUUAGCCAUGGAAAUAACUGAGGACUUGGCAGGGCUUGUUUUUCUGGAGUACUCUGUGGUUUGGGAGCCAACGAUGCCAUUAUUGGUAGGGUGCUUCAUGUGAACAGCAGAUGUUUGUAGGGGAGAGGACCUAAGACAGCUAUUGUUCUCCUUUUUUAGAUUGCCCAUCAAACACCUGUGUUUUAUUAAAAAAUUUGGGGGGAGGGGGAGGCAACAGUAGGGGUUGGAGAAGAUAAUGUAUUACCUGUUUCUGAAUAAACGUUUGUUAUACGGAGAGUGUAUUCUAAGCCUUUUCAGAUGUGAUGAAGCAACUAAGAUAGGUGGAGUUAUUCCAACAUUGAAUCAAGCAUGCUUUUAGAAGAAUUUAAAAACUUCAAAACUGAUAAUGUGAUGAAGAAUGAGGAGUAUAUGAAUGAGAGGAUUGAUAAAUCAUAAGCCUUUUAAUCUGGAUCAUCAAAAUUAGUAGCUAAUUCUUGCCACUAAGGGGGAGCAACUUGUGUCCCCACCUAGUUCAAAUUCUUCUACAGAAAAGGAAAGGAAUGGCCUUUGUUACUGACAGCUUAGUAAUUUAAAAAGUAAUUUUAUUAGAAAAAUACAGCUGUGAAAUCAGGGUACCUGUUCUAGGUGAGGUAGGGUACUUUCAUUAUCAAACAAAGCUGUGCAAAUGUGAAUACACCUGUAUUUUGAAUGUAUCUUGUAUCUUCUGAAAGAAUGGGGAGAUUGAAACAUUUUUUUAAUAUUAAUAGAUUAAUAUCCAUUCCAAAAGCCAAAUAGCAAGAUGCACUUUGUAACUUGCUGUUAAAUUGUGCAUUGUGUUUAGGUUACCUGUGAAAAAUUAUGAUGACAUUAGCAUAGUCCUUGGAAGAACUACUGCUCUCUUCUCUAGCUCUGUGAUCUAUGGCAGUAUAUUUUUUUUUUUUUUUAAAUUGGUGAAGUUAAUGGUUAUAUAAACACCACUCCAUGAUUUGUCUACAGCAAUGUCUUGGUAUGCAUUGCUCUUCCUGUUCUCUGUCCGCUUUCUAAAGUUACCUUAGUCGUCUUAUAAUUCAUAGCGUGGCUUCUUUCCUUGGGCACUGAAAGAAAGGUAACCAGUUAUUCCCAGUCCUUUUCAAACAGUUCACCUUGCAGCUCCCCCAACUUCUGGUUGUCCUGCAAUUGUCAUGCUAAUCUUGUUUGCAUUCCACUGAGCUCACCUAUCUCCUUCUGAGCAAACAUCUGUGCACAUUUGCCCUCAUGCAGUGUGGUUAUGUAUUUUUUUUUGUUUGUUUGGGGUUUUUUUUCUGGGCUGUUAAGAGAUUAUAAACUCACAUAGGAAAUACUGAUUGCUUGCAGUAAUUCAAUAUGGCUGGCCAGGACAGGUGGUAGGUGACUUGUUACAGUGUUUCUUUUUUCUUUUAUUUUCCUUUGCUUUUUCAAAAACAUGCUGACUUGUGAAGUUAUGCCACCAUUUGCAAGUUUGGUAUAUUUUCAUGGCUUUUGCAUGUACCAUUCCUUUUGAUAAUGUUGAUUAACUUGGAUAUUUGUUUGGUGAGUCAAUUUUCCAUGUCACUUCUUACUUUCACUGACCUCUUCCACCUUGUACAUGUGUCUUGCUUCAGUAUCUUUUAUUUUGGAGCAGGCCUGUCUUCCAUUCAGUCAUAAAUACAGGUUCAUCUGUAAUGGUCAUCACUUUUUUUUUUUUCCCCCGAUUAACAGGAGUCUUUAAAAAACUGUUGUUCUUACAGUCCUCUCUGAAUGUUUUUGCAUACCUUUUAAGGUUUAUUUCUUCUAUUUGCCCUUCCAGCGCUGAGCACGUUGCCUGCAUUUUACACUCUUGGGGUCUUCAAUUUUCAGAACCGUGUCCCCUAAAGGAUGGUGUGUCACAGACUUUCAGAGCAUCCUCUUAAGAGUGUUAACCUUUUCGUUACACUCAACCCUC